UCUAACCUAGCGUACUGGAGUUGUGAUAAGAAAUACAUAGAAGAAUAUUAAAAACAUAUUUUACUAUACUUUUUAAAUAUGAAGAAUGGACGAUAAUGCGAAGCAGGUGUCUUCUUACCAGUUGGACCAAGAAAUACUCGAUGCUCGGGGCAUCAACAUGACGGUAGAGGAGGUGGCAGGGCUGCCAACGUGCAAGUACGCAGAGCGCGUGUCGUCGCUGAGGCUGCCCGACGCGGACCUCGCCUUCCUCAAGGGUCUGAGGCGGAGGAUCAAGAACCGGGUGGCGUCCCAGAACAGCCGGCGCCGCAGCGUGGAGCAGCUGCGGCGCCUGACCCGCGAGCUGCGGGCGGUGCGCGCGCGCCGCGGGGCCGCGCGGGCCGAGCGCCGCGCGCUGCUGCAGCAGCUGGAGCACACGAGGGCCGCCUGCCUGCGGCUGCGGGGGCACCUCCUCCACGUCCUGCAAUCCCGCUCAGACCCCACAGAGGUGCCAAGCCUCGACCCCGUGCGGACCCCUGAAUCUCAGCCCAAAGACGCGCCCAAAAAGAUCACAGUAUGCGAGACAAAGACGCCACUACUCUCAGACUGCUUCAAAGACAACAAGAUAGAGAGGGACAAACAUAUAUUCGAGUGCCGCAUCGACAAAAUCGUUCAGAACAGCGUCAACCAUAUGUUCAAAGACAAAAAGAAGAUAUUUGCGAAGACGGUUUUUAUUUCGAACGAGAAGUUUUUAAACGGUAAAACCCAGCCAGAUUUAGAAGGCGAUGGGAAGAGUAUAGAGUGCGAAGAGGAGGGCGUUUUGAAUUUGUCGGUUAAGCACGAGAAGAGGAGGGCUCAUGGGAGGAAGCAGUCGGCGCCGAGACGCAUCCCUUACGCCUGUUUGGGGACCUUGGACAAUGAGGAUGUAGUGCUCGACCUUAAAAUAAAAAAGGAGGCGCCGUGACGCGCGACAGAAGGCAACGUACAUACAGGUGAACGGGAAUAAACAUGGAAGCAGUGUCCAUACUCGCUGCAGUUGAUUAUUUACGACAAAACUCACACAAUACAAAACACAAUCACAGUAGCAAAAUAAUAUUCAAAAAUCACGUUAAAUGUUAUUGAUUUUAUGCCGCUAUUUCUGAGCGUAAUCAUUUACGCCGUUUCGUAAACAAUUAGGCUAGUUACCAACUAGUCAAAUCAGUUACUUUUUUCUAAACGUCAAAACACGAAAUUACUAUGGAAUUUGUAUGAAAAAGCACACUGUGACGUCAUAGAAAAACGUGAUAAAAUGUCAGACUUAUUAAGUUUUUGUUGAUUAAAAUUUAGUGAUGUGCCGGAUCGUUAAAAAUGUAUAUCCGCGGAUACGGAUCUGAAUACGGAUAUUUAGUGUAAAGAUCCGCGGAUACGGAUAUUCGGAACAUCACUAUUAAAAUUCAUAAAUAAGUUAAAUCAAACCAAAUAUACUUUAUUGCACAGAACUAAAAUUUCAACAAUCAGACAUAACACAUGAAUACAGUACAACUUGGGCGGCCUUAUUGCUCUAAAGAAAUUUCUUCCAGGCAACCAACAAAAGGAAACAAACCAAAUAAAUACCUAAAAGAAUAGAAAAAAAUAAUGUUUUUCGUUAGUUUUAGAUCUGUAUUUAUUUAGUGAUCAGAAUUUGAUAAUUUAUCUUGAACCUAGUACGGUCACGUGUACUAAUAUGUAUGCACUUUGAAACCAUGUCACGUUAACUUUUUUGCCAAAUUGAACCGUAAGUCUCAUUAAAUGUCAAAAAUGAUAGUGCGACAGAGUUCUAAAGUGGGUACAUGAUAUUGUUCAUGACUGUACACGACCCAGUUGACGUACUGGUAAGUGACAAAUGGCGCGCGAUUUAUACCUUUAUGCCACAGCAAUAAAGGCCAGGGGCCUGUUUAAUAAAACUUACAAUUGUACAUUACAAUGACAUUUUGAUGUACAUUGCGGAGUUUGUGAUCACGAAUAUUUUGCAGUUUCAUAUUAGCUACGUAAUGAACACCAAAUUGUUGUAAUUUACAAUUGUAAGUUUUAUUAAACAGGCCCCUAGUACGAUUUUGAAAUCCCGCCAUCCGCGGUAAGGUUUUCGUUGCGUCAUUUCUUAGCCACAAGAAUAUUUCCAUGUUUAUUUCCGUUCACAGUAACACACACAUCAGACCAAAUAUUAUAUUAACUAUGCGGAGACAAGGCCGUACUAAACUAAAUACGAAUUAUUUACAAUAAAAAAGAAUUGAGGUGAUCUGUACAAUGGUUGAGAAUUAUCCAAAUGAAAUUGAAAUGCACAGAAAGACUAAAAAAAGUGGCAAAUAAUUUAUUCUUCCUUUUAUAUUUAGAUUUUUAUAAAAAAUCUUUAUAGGAACCAUUUUGGAUACAAAAAUAUCCUACAAAGAUGUCGAAAAGUAUAUUCCUAGAAAAACGACGUAACAUAAGCUCACGCCAUAUGCCCAAUUGGGGUAGUCAGAGGUACAGCCAUCGCAUUAUGAGCGAAGUACCCACGUUUCAUCGAGCUUUAUUAGACUAACGUGAUAGUUUUUUUAACUACUUGGCCGGACAAAUGGGGAGCACUGGAGGCUCUCACCUGGUAUUAAUUAAUCAAGGAAGAUUGAAAUUAUUUGCCAUUUCUGCGAUUAUUUAUAACCAAACAAAUCUUGUAUAGAAGUUCAAAACACCUUAUUGGGAAAUUGACUCGUCCAUUUUAUGUCUAUAUCUAGCCUAUACUAUGUAUUUCUAUAUAGAUAUUUUUAUACCCGUUUUGAUCGAAACAAAACUAUAUAUUCACAACAUGGGACAAUAUUAAAAUUCCUUAACUUUUAAGUAAGAAAAGUGUUAAAAAUCAAUGUUUAUGUUUUAGUCUGUAGCUUGAGAUCGGUGGAAAACUGUUUCUGAAGCAAUAAAACAUUUAACUCACGACUAUAUUUCAAUCGGGGUAGCCAGAGGUACCUCCAUCGCAAGAUGAACUAAGUACCCACACCUCACCGAGCUUUCUGUUAGACCAACGUGAUAGGUGAGCCGUAUCGCCGUCUAUAAGUACUUAGUUUAUAUAGCAAAUGUAAAUUGUUACUGGCAAUAAAUUUAUUUUAUUCUUAUUCUAUAAUGGUCGAGCCAACUGUGUUAGUGAUAAAACAUUUAAAGUGGCUUCUAACCGCAAUCGACAUUGUUAACUUUUAAGGAAGAGUAACUGAAUUUCACCAACCUCAAGCUUUAUGUAAUUUCAACAAGAAUCGAAUAUUUUAUAUUCUAAUCAACAAAAUGAUGUAAUAACAUCGUAAAAAUAUAUACAAAGUAGGUAAUGUAGGCACAUGACAAGAUUUAUACUGAAUAUUUGUAAUGUAGAUUAUACAAAGUAGUGUAAGAUUAAGAAAUGUGUAUAAAAUGAUUUAUGUGAUGUUGAGUUUUAAUAAAUAAUUUUAGUUACCCA